GUUAACUUAUGAAUUCUUUAGAAUAUAGAUUAUUUAUAAAUAUUAGUAAAUACGUACUGGACAUGCUUCAGACUUUCAGUUAUGAAGCAAAUUGCAGCAGAGUCUGAUGGAGGAAUACAUACCCCAAAUGCUUUUUUAACAACAAAAUUAUCUGGAUGGUUAUCUGUUUGUGAUGAAAAUGAAAACUCUAGAAAAAAUGGAACGGAUAACAUUACGUGGAAGUUGAAAAGUGUUGCAUUUUGCCCCAAAACAAAGAAAUUAUUUUUUACAUCUGUACCAGGAGAUGAUCAAGAUAAUUUUCUGGAUAGUCCAAAAAGUCCUGGGACAGACAUUGCCUCCAUAUCUCCAAAAGGAAACAGUGAGAACUUUUUCUCAAAUCGAUCUUAUUCUAUAACACGAGGAAGACUGGAUUCUCAACAAAGUAACAGCUUUAAACAAUUUAUAUCUCGCAAACUUGCAAUAUCACGAACAAGAAGUGUUGGAAAACUUGGCACUCAAAAAAAUGAAGCAUCAAGUCCAAAAUCUCCAAAUGCAUUAUGGGGCUCCUGGCGUUCUGCAGAUUCAGAUAAUUCUCUGGAGGAUGAGCUUGAACCUGCCAUUAACCUGAGUGAUCCAGAGUUAUCCAUCAUUCGACCUAUACAUCCAAGUGUGUUUUCUCGAUCGUUUUGUUUUCAAGUAUUAACACCCUUUGAUAUGAAGUAUUUUAGUUGUUGUACUGAAGAAGAAUACAACACCUGGAUACAUGGUUUACAUAGCGUCGUGCAGUCAACUCGCAAUCAAAGAAUACGUUUGGAUACAUCAUUAUCAGUGUGGAUAAUCGAAGCCAAAGGCAUUCCGAUACGUAAACGGUAUUUUUGUGAAUUGUCGCUCGAUAAAGUACUGUUCGCGAGGACUUCAGUGAAAUUUAAAAAUGAUAUGCUAUUUUGGGGCGAGCAUUUUCAUUUUAAUGAUUUACCACCAACCGAGGCUGUAACGAUCAGUUUAUUUCGUGAGAGCGACACGAAGAAGAAACGACGACAAGACAAGAAUAUAUUUGUCGGCUCGUCUGUCAUCGACUUGAUCAACCUCGAGACAAACACAGAAAUCGAGAAGUGGGUUUCAGUUUAUAUCCCUGGAAUUUCUCCCAAGAUGCAACAAAAAGCGAUAGUUAACAACAAGACGGAGCAAGCUUUCAUUCGUGCCAAAUUAAAAUAUGAAACCACUGUGGUACUUCCUAUUGAUUCAUACACAAAGCUGCACGAUUAUAUCAAAAUAAAAUAUCUAACGUUAACGAACGUUCUAGAAUCUUCGAUUAACUUAAAAACAAAAGAUUUGCUAGCACAAACACUAUUAAAAAUCCUACAUGCCAGCGAUUGCGCUGAAGUCUUUCUUGUCGACGUGAUCAUGAACGAAGUGUCUAAUACAACCAAUGAAAACUUAACUUUUCGCGGGAAUUCUCUCGCCACGAAAUCUAUUGAUACUUACAUGAAAAUGAUUGGCAAAAAUUAUCUGCAAGAUACCCUGGGUAGCUUUAUAGAAUCAGUGUAUGACUACGAAGACGACGCUGAGGUGGACCCGCAGAAAUUAUCAUCACCGAGUACAACUCUGAGUGAAAAUCAGAAAAAUUUGAUCAAACUGGUGGACGAUGCAUGGAAGAGUAUUUUUUUGUCUGUUGAAAAGUUUCCACGAAAUCUUCAAAUCGUUUUUUCCAUGGUUCGGAAGCGUUGUGAAGAGAUUGGUCGAGAUAUCGUGAAAAAGGUUGUGAGUGCGUCUUUGUUUUUACGUCUGCUAUGUCCCGCUAUUCUUUCGCCAAGUCUGUUUCAGUUAACACAAGAAUAUCCAAACGAAAAGGUAGCCCGUACUUUAACUUUAGUUGCAAAGGCUAUUCAAAAUUUAGCCAACUUUACGCGCUUUGGAAGCAAAGAAGGAUACAUGGAAAUUUUAAACGAAUUCGUUGAAAGUGAGAUGCCGAACAUGAACAACUUUCUUCAAGCUGUGUCCUAUGAACCAGCCAGCAAAGAUAACGAUGACGGUAAUUGUUCCGUAUGUCCAAACAUCGAUCUUGCUCGUGAGUUAUCUGUUUUAUACCAUUUGUUGAUGAAUGAACUUAGCAAAUUAUCAGAAGAAAACAACGCGAAGUUGAACGAUUUAACACCAAUUUUGCAAGAAAUUACUUCCAUUCACGAAAAAUCACCGAAAGCGGAAGAACUGCGCCUUUCGCGACCUUUUGAAACGGUUGCGUCAGUCUGUCGAAAACCUUUGACAACACCCACCAGCGGAUUGUCAACACCAUUACCAUCAUCAACGCCCAGUGGUUUAACACCCUCUUCUAUUAUAGUAGAGGAUACUGCUGAUGACGAAGAGCUGCCGGAUUCUUACACAGAUACGCCCUUAAGUGCUUCAGAGGACUAUGUAUCCGGUUGUUCUUUGGUUCACCAUCGCAGUGUCUCUUCAAGAACCAGUUCAAAUCGCUCAACAUCACGAACAGAGGGGCGUGCCGAACAAAAGAAACUUGCUCAGAACCGCCAGACACAUGACUAUCACAAACAUAAAAGAGAUCACUGUAAAAGAAGUCAGUCUGUCGGUGACGUCGCUGUAACAAAUGGAACACGUGUAUUUGAGAAUAAAGGAAAAUUGGAUAAACUUUUGUCCGUCUCUUCACAAGCAGCGGUUAAUCGAAAUGGAAAGAAUAUCAAGUCUGAGCCAACUCUGACCGGGUUUAAAAAGCGUCAUAGUGUGGAGCACGCGUCACCUGUAAGAAAAGGGAGUAAAGAAACCGGAAGUGUCAAGGAUAGGAUAAGUAUGUUUUCACAAAAAAAUUCUCCAUCCAAAGUUCCUGUUCAUUCCAAACUAUCAUCUCCUAGCAAACCGUUUUCUCCUGCCAAAGCAAUGUCACCCAGUACGCCAAUGUCACCCAGUACGCCAAUGUCACCUGCUACACCAAAACAUCUUCGUGGGUUAAAGUCACCGUCGGCACCUAUGUCAUCGAGCAAACCACACACAACUGCCAAACCAUUUAAACUUCAAAAUGAAAACAUUCCUGUUUCUCAAAAACAACAAACCAAGCUAGGAAGUAAACCAAAACCAGCAGCAAAUAAAGAGUUAACGAAAAAACCAACCGUGCAUAAAAAACCAGUUAUUGCAAAAAAACCUUUAGAUAAAUCAAAAACAAAUACGAAGGAAAAGAUUUCUGUCGAUGUCAAAAAAGAAACGAAAAAGGAGAACGAUAAACCGUUUGAUAGAGAGUCUCUGAAAUUAAAGGAUUUAAAAAGCGAGCAUCAGUUCACUGACUGUAAAUCUCCAGAACUAAUGACAUAUCACAGCUCACCGAAACGGAAGCCUUACGCUACCAACAUGGCGAACGACAUUUCUGAAAGUGAGAUUUCACAGAACGAAAUUGAUCUAACUAGUAGAGACGAAAGUUUAGCAACGACUGGAAACGCCUCCCCGAAGACAUCAAUACGUUCACAGGAAGGUUCUUCGAAUAAGAUUGCUCCGAGAAAAGAGUCUAGUGACGAAGUAUUCAACGAUUUAAACGCAGACAAGAAGGACCCAGCAACUGAACAAGUGAGGCUACAGCGUCGUCAUUCAGAAAUGACAUCACAAGAAUUGAAAAAAAGGAAUGUCAAUCGAGACAUUAUGAUCGUAGCUCAGAGUUCUGAGAUCGCUCGAAUACGUGCAAAUGGUUAUUGUGAGAUAUUGCACGAAGGAAUUAUCGAACGUUCGAAUUCCUUUAUGUCGAGCUGUUCUUCGAACUGUAGCUAUUCGAGUGAAACAUAUUCCACGGACGAGGAUGAAAUGAUAUCAAAUAGUGUUUACGUGCAAGGUGAUAAUAUCUCCGAUGUUUUAAUGCCAAUUAAUGAAAGAUCAGACAGGUACUCGACAGGUACAUUGGACUCAUCUAUCAAUAGACGACAUCUGUCGUCGUCUUCUUCUCGAUAUAACGACACACUUAACUCCACAAAUAGCCCACAUAAUUCGUCACGAUAUAGUACGUUGGAUUCGAACACCAAUCGGCGCCACAGUUCAAACGCAACCAUGUAUGGUCAAAGACAGAAUUCAGUAACGAGUAAUCAUUCAUUAAAUCGUAACAGCGAUGAUCCUGAUUUCUUGAAACAAAAGUUACGUGAAACGGAAAAUUUAUUGAGAAAAACACAGCAUGAAUUAAAAUCACGAACCAGUAAUUUUGAGCAGACUGUUAUUCACCUAAAGGAGAAAUUGAUAGAAGCAGAUAAAAAGUUAAAAUCUCAGCGUGCGGACACGGACUCACAAAUGAAAAACGUAAUCAGCCGCCUUCUAAAUGUUGAAAGUGAAUUACGCACAGAACAUACUGAAAUGGAGGCUAUUAUAACAGGGAAGCAAAAAAUUAUUGAUAUUCAAGAACGUCGUAUAAAAUCCUUGGAAGAAUCGAAUGCUAGACUUGUUGACUCGUUAACCCAUAUUACUAAUAAGCAAGAAAAUUUGACUGGGAAAGACAGCUUGGAUGAACGAGAUCAAAUACACUCUGGAGAAGUCAUUAGUUCUCCAAUACGAGAACCUAGACAAGUUUGAUACUCAGUUGUUAUUUUUUGUCUUAGUAACCUUUUAUUGUUCUCUCGAUUAGUCAAAUAAUUUUUAGUCUCUGUAGACCAUUCAUUAUUAAGGUUCUUACUUAAGAAAAUUUUAUAAAUAUAUUGAUGACUUUUACAUCGUUUUUUAUUCAUGUGCGUCCUUCUUUUUUAAAUUAUUUUUUUUGUCUUGUUUCUGUUGACGCCUAAGUGACAUUGGAACCCUAAUACUUUUUGGACUUCUCGUGUUUUUGAAUUAAAAAUUGACCAAGUAUUCAUGCGCCCAUUUUCCCAUUACUACAUUCAUUGACUUGUUUAUAUAAAAGGCAAAUUUUAACUUUUUGAUUUUCUAUACAGUGAGAUUCCCUCGUUAUUCUUAUAGUCUCUCAUCCCGAGUAAAACCACGACCUCGACCCUGCUAGGUAAACGCCCAUAAGUUAUUUGGAGAAGCUACGUGCAUUUUUGUUAUUAUAUUUGAUAAUCUGACAUAUACGAGUUUGAUUGUUACUAGAAUAAUUUGAAGUGGACGAAAAGAAAAAGAUUUAUUUUUUCUUUCAUUUAUACUUUAAAGUUUUUUAUUGAUAAUUUAUUUUAAAUAUUUCUAUUUAUGAUACUCAUGUGUAUAUGAAGACAAUAAGAGACAAAAGCCUGAUAUUAUUCAUCCAAUUUAAAAGUUCAAUUAUUCUCUUAAUUCGCACAACAGAAUGUACAAUAAUUUACCGCUAUCAAGCCCUCUCUUUUUUUUGUUUUAGUUAAAAAAUGACUACUGUUGUGGGAGCCAUGUUUUACUCUGGCUGUCUAAAACGUGUAGCUACGUACAUCUUGUAGAUGCGAUUAGUAGGAGAUACUUCUAAUUGGAUAAAUCAACCUCGUUUCCAGAGUUCUGGAUUUUUUAAAUAAACGUCAAAACCAAAAUGCUACUUGGCCUAACUUAUCCCUUCUAGCACUUUUUAGCUUUGUUCAUCAGUCGAAAAAACUAAGGACUGGUCACGAGGUUGUUUAGUUUAUACAACAUAAUUUGAUGCAAGUGAUUUUUAUUUUUGUAUAUAUUUUUAAAACAUGGUAGAGUAGCCCGCAAGUAUGCUCCUUAUAUAUUUAGUAAGAUGUACACCAACUUCAGAUAAAAAACAAUUCGUUACCAUACCUUUUUGCAUA